ACAGUCCGUACAUUAGCACGACAAUAAUUAUUGUGACUGCCUGGCACCUAUAUAAUAAAGCUAAAAUAUCGUAUUAUUGUUAUUCAUUGUGAUUAAAUUUCUUCAAGGUAUACAUUUCUUAAGUCUCAGUGUAUCUUUAUCAAAAUCGUCGAACUUUAUGAAUAAUUUAAACUGAAAAAGUAUUAAAACGCAAACCGAAAGAUGCUUGUCAGACGAUUCACAAGUUCACUGUGGAAUACAUUGAAAGUGGAAAAGAGGUACUUAUCCUCGGAGCCGUCAAAACCAGAACUAAAGGAAAUUGAAGAUGGUGUAGAUCCUGCACAGGCUGCUGCUCUGGACAAGGAUAUUUGCCUGCUGGUGGACGAAAAGGACAACUUCAUAGGGACAGCGACUAAAAGGGAUUGCCACAAAGUGGGCCCCGAUGGCAAAGUGCUGCUACACAGAGCAUUUAGUGUGUUCCUGUUUAAUAAGAGAGGAGACAUGUUUCUGCAGAGGCGAUCAAGCCAAAAAGUAACAUAUCCUGAUUACUACACAAACGCUUGCUGCAGUCAUCCUCUAUACAUCGAUGACAAGCCCGAGGAUGUCGUAACAGCAGCUAGGCGAAGACUGAACCACGAGUUAGGCAUUCCUCUUGACCAGUUGGACCCAUCGCUGUUCACGUUCCUGACGCGCGUGCAUUACCACGACCCCGGCGACGGCGUAUGGGGCGAGCACGAGAUAGACCACAUCCUGUUCUUCCAGUCCGACGUCAAAGUGAAGCCCAACUCGAACGAGAUCUCCGAGUACUGCUUCGUGCCGAAGAGUGAAUUUAAUGCAUACCUGCCUACAUUGGAAGGACCAAUAACUCCAUGGUUCAACAUGAUUCGCCGUCAUCGCCUCAAACUGUGGUGGGACAAUCUGCAUCGCCUUAAAGAGCUAGCCGAGCCUGAUAAAAUACAGAAAUUCCUGAACGAAAAAUAGAAAUGUCAUUAAAAAACUAUUUUAAGUGCGUGCGUGGUGGCAUAGUAGGUUUUAAACUUCCGACUAUUGUUACUUAUUUAUCAAGCGACCUUUCUUGUCUACGCGUAAGGGUUCAGAAAGAACAGAAAAAUGUCUGAGCAAUUAACUGACUCCAUUGAAAAUAUAAUGAUAUUACCAUAGCCUUAAAGUAGAAAAUUGUAUGAUUCGUAUUGUAUGUAUAAUCGUCUAUUUUAGACUAUUGCAAUACGGUCCUGUUGUUAAUGGAGCCAGUAACUUUCCGUUCUCUAAAACUACUAAAUGUCCCAAUGACUUUGAUUGGUCGCAAAUGAGACGCUUAUUUGCAAGCCACAGUGGCAAAGUCUUUCUGUAUUGUAAUUUUGUACAGUCACUAAUUUAUUAAGUUUAUCAAUAUAUUAUGAAUAUUUUAAUUUUGUCGGUUUUAUCAUAAUUUAUUUGCAACCGAAUCUAUUAAAACAACUUUUAUAUUAAUUAAGUUUACCUUGUUUAAUAACUAAGGGCCGAUUUAAACAUGUAAAAUGUAAACAAACUAUUUAAAAGAAUCUAACUAAGGCGAAAUAUUCAGAAAAGGUUGUCAAUACAUAUUUUACUUUAAAUUAAUUGAUUAUUUCCAAAUUUCGUUAUAUUUACGCCUUUAAACUGAGAAGUAAAUUAAUUAUUGAAGCUGUCUUAAUAUUGAGGCUAACUUUUGAUGCAAAAGUUCAGUUUUAAUUUGCUUUUCAGUAUUCAGGGUUUAUAUUGCAUAACAUAAAUAAUAUAAUGUAUUAUACCUUUUAAGUAUUUCGAAAAACGGGUGCUUCAAAUAAAGAUUUGUAUUUUAAAUUA